AUGAUUGUCUAAGUUUAUGAAUAAAAGGAAUUACAUCGACUUAGAUUAUAUCCAAUUUUUAAUUGUACCAAGUUCACUUUCUUGGAAUAAUAAAUGUCAUAAAUAGACACUAUUAAUAAAUAUCAAACCCCUUAAUUCCUUAAAUUUAAAUCUAUUGUUGAGGAUAUUAAAUAUUAUUUAGAUACUAAUAAAUUAUAAAUAGAGAAAGAAGCCCAAGCCUUAAAAUAAAAUUAAGUAUAAUAAACGACUGAAAAAUAAUAGAAUACAAAAGAAAAGUUGGAAACAAAAGUUGAAAGUUGA